AUGUCACAAGAUGAUGAGAGUAUAGAAGAACCAGAGAUGGACGUGCCUGGCCCCAGUACAAUACAUCUAGACAUAGCUCAUUCAACUACGACUUCGACUCGCAGUGUAAGAAGCAGGCUCGAUUUUUCAUCGACCGCAAACUCAACUGUAAUCCCGUCUUCGACCCUGAUUACUGCACGUCAGAUAGAGAAAAUAACAGCAGCUGCACGAACAGAAGACGCCUCUGUCCUCGCGUAUAUAAUUAUGAAAUAUUGUCCCAACGUAGUCAGAGAGGUGAAGAGAAAAAUCACUGAUGAUAUAAAUGCGUCUUGCAAAAACCUUUGCCUUAGAAACAAAGGCUCUAUUUUACACGCUGGACGACAAGACUCAUGCGGCAUGAUGAUAAACUUCUCGUUUGAAAAGUUGUGGGAAGAAAUGGAGACCAAUAUCCCAUUUGUCAUGGAGAUUCUAAAUGCAAUCACUGGUGUUGAAGGAGGUAAAGCGAAGCAAGACCUACGAGCAAAGUACGGGUUUCUAUAUUCCAUUCUAAUGAAUGUACGUUGGCAUGAACUAAGUCUGAUUCAGCGAUUGAACACGCUUUGCUUAAUUGAAGGUGGCUGCUCAAAACAGGUAAAUUUUUUAUUAAUAUGUGUUUACGUUUCACUUUUCAAAAUGAUACAAUGUUCAUGGAUAUCUACUUGGCCUUAACUUUACCAAACGUAAGGGUAUACUACAGAAAAUUGAUUGUUUAUACCGGUAGUUCUGUCAUAUAUACAACUACGUGCACGUGACUAUAUGCUAUAUGCAAAGACCAUUGAAAUCAACACAAGUGACAAGUGUACAGCUUAAUAUAUUCAGGUUGUAAUAGCACAGUGAUGUCUAUACGGUUUAUUUUAAUUUAAUUUCCUAAACAGUCAACUAAUAUAAAGGCGAAAAGCAAAGUAAAAGUGUGUUUUAUUUAUGUGUGCAUGAAAUUUGCAAAUCAUUCCAAAAUUCACGCAGCCGAGUCAGCUUGCAAUGUCAGGUGCAUCUAUUGUCUUAUUUGUUUGUUUUGGUCGUGUUUGUUUUUAACAGGUAAAAACUUUUUAACAGAGUAUGAACAGAGCCAUAGGUCUCAAUUAGGUUGUCAUAAUUAGCUGCACGAGUCUGCAUAAACGAAAUCAUUUGAGAUGCUAAUCAGUUUCCCUUCUUAUAAAACACGACAAAUUUAGGUAUUAAGAAACUGUAAAAUUCAGCCAUUAUGCGCUCUUUAUUCUUACUUUUUCCUUCAUCUGUAUAAUUUACAGUAAUAUGGCUGAUGUAUAAAUAGAGUAUCAACAUAAAGACCAAAUAGAAACUAGGCUUAUUAAAGUAGUGCAUUGCCAUAAUUUGCAACAUUGUUGUCAAUUAUAAUUUGUAAUAAAAGGUUUCUCUUCUAGUUUAAACGCAAGCCGCCACAUUAUCCUGAUACACUUUACUAAUCAAAAGCUUUCUUCCGAACGUGCUUAGAAGAGCUUCGGGAUGAGCAAAUAACAAUUUCGCCUUUCCAUCGAUCACUGCUUUCGAAACGUUUACAUUACAUUCUUCCGAAGUUUGUGUUUCGACCAAUCAGAACACGCGUUAUAUACAUGUUAUUUUAUAACUUUGCUUCCCCGGCAUUCAAUCGAUUUACAAAUUAAUAGUUAUUCUUUUAAAACUCGAUCAUGAAUUCCUUGUUUUGGGAUGAGAUUUUUUUUGUAAUCGAGUAAUUGGAAGAUGUGCAUGAAUAUUGCGACGUGAACAUGGGCAUGGGAGCAAAUACCCUAUACGUCGAGCUAUGGCUUGCUUAUAAAAACGUGAUAUGAGCCGGAAUGUCAUGAAAUGUAAGUUGAAAUUAAUUUUAUAUACCUCAAAUUUUCCAUCUAACUUCAGCGGUCUAUAAGUUCAAAAUACAAGCUCGCGAAAUUUGAGAAAUUUUGAAAAUAUGUAAAAAUAGCUUGAUUUUGAACUGUAUUUUUUAAAAAAUAUCCCGUGGUCUCAAUUUCAAAUAUAGCUAAAUGAAAAGAAAAAUCUUUUCGGCGUAUGUAGGUUUUUCAAACAAUCAUGCAUAUCGUCAGGAAAACUCAUUAUAGGGGCUCACAAUAUUUUAGCUAAGUCUUUGAGACCCAUGGCCUUGCAGUUGCUUCGCACGUGUUGUGCAGGUCAAAUUCAGUUUGCCAAGAAUCAAAGACCGAAAGGUGAACUUCCUUCAUGAAAACAGCCUCAAGAAGGGUCUAGUUUGAAAAUUUAGCUCUUAAUUUUGAUUUCAUGAGCAUACUUUGGUUACACGUUAAUUUAAAUAUUUUUGUACUUGAUGCGAUUCAAAAUUUGUUGUAUUUUCAAGCCCGGCUUCACUCCUUCACUCUUCAGUGUAAUUUUGGUGAUGACCGGAAAAGAAAUGAAGAUAUUUAAAAAACUGGCCUCACGAUAAAACUUUCUAUAAAAAUGUUCUCUGUUUCAUGUAUUUUUACUGAUUUGAUAUCAAUGUUAGCUAUAAGCGUAAAAAUAGGGGCUCAUACAGUUUACAAGGUUAUAAAGUGCAAGACUAGCCUGUAUUUUCAUGUAAACAUUCGAAAUGUUUUGACAGCAAAGUAGCAACUGCUUCAUAUCGAAUGCACACGGUCACGCCUAGUGCAUAUAGGGAUAUUCCCAAUGAAAUGAAAAGGUUCGUAUGUUUUCUAGCUAUUUCCUAAACAGGGAACUAAACAUUAAGUUAAACCUAUUCCAAAUACAUUUUAAAGUAUUCAAAUGAUGAAAGUUAUUGUUCGGUUUUUAAGAGUUUAUUAGCGAGUGGGAAUUACCAAAUGGUCGCCAUCUAUUCAAAUGGGGGUAACCGCUGGAAAAUUCUUGGCUUCAAUUUUACUAAAAGAGAUGCCCUAUCUAGUGUAUAUAAGAUAUCUAUGUAUUUACACAAUUGCGCCUCAGUUGUAAACAUGCGUUGCGUGAAUUCCACGCAAUAGUGUGGCUCCUUUGCUCGCGCAUGCUCAGACAAAUUUGAAAUAUGAAAAUAGAUCAGGUGUCUGGCGUAUAAAAUGUCGAAUUACUCAGUUUCUUUCUAUACGCAAUAAACUUGUUAACGAAUUUCAUUCUUCUUCAGAACAUUACGCAUUGAACAAAUGUAUUUUGAAGGCUUUAGCGCAAAUGAAGCGCACAAUGAUGUAGAUGAAUGAAAAUCUUUACGGUAUGGGCUGCAUUAAAACUUUUGCAUGGUUAAGCGAUUUGUGCAGAUUAUCACUGUUUUAGUGCGAAUCUGAAAAUGAAUGUGAAACUACGGGAAAUUUCAAUAUGGAACAAUAAAAUCCGGGGGGACAGUCAUUCUAUCAUUCUACAUAUAAAACGAUUUCAAGUACUUUUUCGGCGAAAAAAAUACGGCUAAACAUUACAAUUUGUUUAUAUGUUGGCAUGGAUCCACUAUUAAGUAAAAAAUGCAUUAUAUCAGAAUGAGCGGACUUGCAGGAAAGUUCCAAUGGCCACCCGGAUUUUUGAGUCCAGCACGAGUUCCAAUGAGUUGUCUUUUGCGAUUUUUCCUGCUGAAACCAGAAGUUGUUUGAAGCUAACGAGUGCGUUAUAUCAUUCUAUGAUAGUUGUAGAAGAAUGGAUUUGCUGGAAAAUAUUUCAAUGUAAACGUGUGAUGCGUGAGAAGGAUUUAUUCUCUCAGCUGCGUUGUUGUCAUUCGCUUCGGGUUACAAAAGCCGGUUCGCCUCAGCUACGUUUUGCGAUUUUUCCUGACAAAACGACAAACGGUUUUAAGAUCUAGUUUACUUUAUGCCAUUCACUAUAAUGUAGUAAUGAAUGAAUUUUAGAGUUUAGGGAGCUACAGCUGGUAUUUUGCUUUCAACAGAGAAAUAUAAUAUUGCCGAUCACUUGCGACAAUAUGGCGCAGCAUGAAUUCACGUCUUGAUCGUCUAUCUUUUGCGAUUUUUCCUGACUUCACAUUUGCGCUAAAGCCUUCAAAAUACAUUUGUUCAAUGCGUAAUGUUCAUUAUGUUCUGAAGAAGAAUGAAAUUCGUUAACAAGUUUAUUGCGUAGAAAGAAACUGAGUAAUUCGACAUUUUAUACGCCAGACACCUGAUCUAUUUUCAUAUUUGAAUCUGAAUGUGAAUCUGCGAAUCUGAAACUGUAACUGCCGACCGUCCAUAUCCGCCGCGUAUCCGUGUAUCCCAAACCCAAUACAAAGUAGACGAUUUAUGGAUUAGAUAUGGACUGAAAUAAAUUUAAUACAAAAUUUUGUAAGUAGUUACAAUUUACGUAUUGUAUAAAUAUAGACACUUCUAAAAUGACAAUCUUGGAUAUAACCUUUAGUCUAGUGCCAAUAUUGCAAACGGACGGAACAUUGCAGGGACGUGCUGGGGACUUGCCAAGGACAACGAAUGAGCAACGUCUGAUGGGACCAAGGCCCAGUGACGAAUGGAUCAAGAUUGGGGUGCGGGGAAAAACUGACCAAACACGAAACAUUUCAGUCGCUAAAUAAUCUUUAUUUCCCAAAAAUUGUUUCGAGCGGGGUGAGUCGUGAAUUAAAAUUUACGGACAUACCAUUUUUCAGUGAACUUUCGAAUUAAUGUACCGUAUUAUUUGUUAAUUUUUCGGUAUUAUUUUCGUAAAUUUAAAAUAUAAAUUGUAAUAUCUUAACCUUGAUUUUCCAAAUUAAAAUCUAUAUUUUUUGUCUUUUCCAAUGCAGUUUUAACUUUAGGGGUCCAUGAUCGAUGGCAGGGGCCCACAACAAGUUCUCGUCAGCUCGACCCUAGAACAUUGUCAAAACAAACGUUAACUUCGAGAGUGAACUCGAACUUUUGGUUACCAUGACACCAACCUCGUACCCAGGGUAUUUGCUCUUGGGAACGAGGUUGCCAUGACACAAGUUCAACAUUGUGUUGGGGGAGCUGGCAUGGGGCAGGCCCGGCGCAGGAGGCAUAAACAAUUGGGGGUGGGGUGGGCACCGGCUUCUAGGGGCACUUUUCGAUAAUGAAAGGGGCACCUUAUAAUGUGACACCGAUAAUGAAAUUUCCCGGAAAUGUUGGCGAGGGAGAGGGGGAGGCGGAUUUUCCGGUCAAAACAUAGUUUCAUACUUAAUAUAGUACAUUUGCCCAAAUUUCGAAUUCCAACGUACACGGAAAGUUAGUAGACACUGCUUUUGACGAAAUUCCUUUCAUUGGAUUUACGUGACGCGGAAUAGUAUUUACAACAAAGCUAGCUUGUGUAAAAGGGCAUACGUAAAUGUGUUCAGGAAACAAAAGGGCACUUUUGCUCCUUUCCUAUCGUUCCUACGCCUCUGGGAGCAGGAACUUAAGAAGCGCAACAUGAUUCAACGUGGAAUUUCAAAAAAUCAAGAUUGUAGCGACUGCCUGGGACGUAUAUUGGAUAACGAAUGGAGUAUGUCAUUAAUUAAGAGCGUAGUUAAGAAAUGUCAGCCAAUUGGAACCAGCCAUUUUAUUCACCAAGGGAAACUGCCUGUUCCACCUAUUUAUCAUAAUCACUUUCCUUAAUUCGCAUCUUGGGCGACUGAAAAUACAUUUUAUACCUGACAAAAAUCUCAGCUGCUUUACAGUAUAUCAGAUCGGGAUGUGUACCCAGAAACACCCAAUUACAUAUUUUGGGAAUUGUGGUAUUUCGAGAAAAUUAUGAUCUACAUUUGAACGUGAAAAAUUAGCGCUCGAGUAUUUUUUCCUGAUUGCUAAUUGUAAUUCCUGUAGGAGUUGAAUUUCUUUGUGUUUGUUACAAAGUUUAGAAGCACUCGAUCUAAUAUUGCUCCUCCCCUUCUUACACCAAUAUUGUUCGAUAGCUUGAGAGGCAUGAGAACCAAUCAGAUGCCUUGGUAUAGUCACGUGACGUCAUAUCUGAACACACGGGCAAUGCACCUGGGGUGUUCAAGUCUUGUAUGCUGUCGCGAGAAUAACCGAAGUAUGAGCGAAGAAUUGUUAUAUAAAAUCAUUUCUACACAGCUCAGAUGUCUAUAAAGGAUUGUACAAGAUAGAAUGAAGCUCUUUGCUUUGAUUGUCUUACUCCUAUUUGGUUUAAAUGGAAUUUUGGGUAAGGUUUAUCGAAAAUUCGUUGUAGCGUGUGAAGCGCUGUUGUGUUGUUGUUCAGAUGUUCACUGAUCAAGAAAUUGCUACUUAUAAUGGAAAUAUUUCGUCUUCGCUUUACGUAGUACAUGGCUUAUUAUGUUAUUGAAAUAGUAAGACAUACUUGGAGAAAAGAACUGAGGAUAUAUUACACGAUAGUACGGCGUUCUAUGGACAUAUAUUUGAUAUCUGAAUGGACAAUUUAUCGUGUAUAAUUUCUUUGCAUGGUUUAACGCGGCGUUCGAUUCGGGCAAACGUGUAUGUUAUGUUUGUUGGCAUGUUGUGAUCUAUACGAAAAGGGAUGGUAUUUUUGCUUGCAUCAUGCUUCCUAGAAAGAUCUCGGCGGUCUUUACAGCAGUAUUACAACGAAUCGUGUGGAUUUGUGUAAUGUGUUUGGUUUAUCGCGUGAAGCAAAGCAAAACGCGACAUUAUGUGUCAUAUUCAUGCUUUGUUGUCGCGCUGUACAUUACAAGCUCAUGUGCGAUUUCCCUGCCAAUGUCACAAUUAUUGGCUAAACAUAUUCUUAAAGCAGUGAGGAUGUAUAUUAUUAUUUAAGACGCUCUGAUCCAAUGCCCAGUUAAGGCCACAAAACACAACAACCCAAACGAUUAUAUUUGUUAUCAAGCGUAUUUCACAUCUGGACGGCUUUGCGUGAUUUCGAGUGACAUAGAAGCGCUGAUUUUUCGACCUGUUUACAGUAACGUGUGAAUUUGAUCGACUUUGAGUAAGAUUUCUUGAGUAAAGCGACCGAAUGAGGGAUAAAAACGUCUCUAGUUGCCUCUCAUUAUGGGCAUUCAUUUAUAAAGGCAUUGUAGUCAAGUAAAUGUUUAUUUACAUAUCAUUUGACUUGAUUAGAAGCUACAUUCAGCUUUACUCAAUUUUCGUCUUAGCUCAAAAUAAGCUUUACUACCGAGGGAUAAAACAAAAGACAUUUUAUUUAGUCAGCCAUAAUGUUUUGUGAAUCAGUAUAUUUACAGAUACGUAUCAUGCGAAAAUAUUGAGCUAUGCAGCUGUAGCCAUUGAUUUGAAACGUAUUAUAUUUCUUCGCUCGUUGUCGGAUUAUAAAUCUAAAAUAGUCGAGAAAGUGCUAAUCAACUAUAUUACUUGUUUUCUUUACUUCUUUAUAGUUGAACCGCUCAGGCUUUUAUACUCAGAGAGAAGGAAUAUUCGCUUGCUGCAUGUUGAUGGGGACCGACGUAGUCAAAACAAUUUUACAACUACUGUGCUAGCGAAGAACCUAGAGGAUGCAAUAGCCGUCGCAUUUCAUUAUCAAGAUCAAAUCUUAUUCUGGACUGAUGUUUCCUUGGGAAAAAUAUUACGCAAAUCUAUAAAGAAAGACAGUAAAGUUGAAAUAGUUGUAUCUGUUGGUUUAAAACGACCCGAAGGAAUUGCGAUUGAUUGGGUCACAAAGAAGAUUUAUUGGACUGACUCACACUUGAAAUUAAUCGAAGUUGUAAAUUUAGAUGGAACGCAACGUUCUGUGUUAUUUUGGAACAAUUUAGAUCAACCCAGGGCUAUUGUUGUUGAUCCUAGCCAUGGGUAAGUCACAUUUCUUUAUUAUUUCACCGGAUUUCCAUAUUUUGGCUGGGAUUUGAUCGUGCAGCUUAUCUCAAGGGGUUGUCGAUUGUAUGGAAUUUUUGCUUGAAACCUGAGAUAUUCUUAAUUCUAGCCAACAAUUUGGCCAUAAAUGUUGCAUAUGUCUAUAUAUUCACCCUUUCUUUAGGAUCUCGCUAAAAAGUAGUUCUAAUUGGAUUUUCGAAGCCAUUAAAAAUCCAUUAGAAUUUGUAUGAUCGAAUGUAAUAUUCUUAAUGCUGGUUUGGCCGUGAAAUCUAGCCCAGCAAGCAUUCAUAUUUCAAAUCAAGAAUGUUUCAUCCAUAUAGCGUGGAACCCAUGCUGUUCUGUAUAUAAUGUUAAUAGUAAGCCAUUUCGCAAUUAUUUUUUCCCAAUUCACAAAAAUCGUCUCAAAACAAAACAUUGGUCAGCCUUGAAUUUUCUAAUGAUGAAACAUACUGUACAAUGCGCAAUGAAGGAGGUCGCUAUAUAUGUUCCUCACAGUUGGAAACACUGUAUAAGGAAUACUUUUCCAUUGCGGCAGUGUGUUUUAGAACUAAUUCUAUUUAUCAUGCAAGGAGAAGCUGUUUUAGUUUACACAAUGAAAUCUGAACCGUUUAUUUAUUUUACUGCGACAGUUCGCAAUUAACAUUCCAAGAUUUCGGAGUAGUAACAAAAUAUGACCGUUUCGAACAUAAUAUUUUAACUUCAACUAAUAUUGUUCAAAUGCUGUAUAAAUAUGUACACUGUUUUCUGCAAUUUUAUUUAUUUAGUUAAGGAAUUUGGUGCUAAUUAUUCCCCUUUUAACGGAAGCUUAAUUGUUUACGACAUAAGCUUGGCGCUAACUGCUCUCGCAUAACCCGUUUGUGGUUUUCCGAAAAACCAAUGUUAAAGUACAUUAAAAGUAAAGUAAGCGUGUUUUGUGUGAGUCAGAGUUGCAAUGGUGGUGCUACAGAUGUAUAAUAGGAAUGAAUGUGGGUUUUCUAUUUGUCAGCUGGGGUGAUAUCCUGCUGAAAUAUUCAGUUCCGGACUAACAAUUGGCAAAUGGAGUUUCCAAAUUACAUGUGGUGCUUUUGAAUAUAAAAUGUGUUCAAUAGUGAACACAUCUCAUGGCUUUUAUGAAAAUAAUUGGCAAAAGCAUUUUUCUAGAACUAUUCACUUCCUGUAUGUUCACAGAGAAUACAUACAUGAAAUAUGAGGACAGGAUUGUAUGUAAAACACAUGUUCACUGGAGAAUACAUCUCAAUGCUUUGAUGCAUGAACUUGGCAAAGAACAUUUGCUAGAGUUAUACACUUCCCUCUAUUCCCAGAGUGACAUGAUCUUUCAUUGAUCCAAAAUUGAAUUUAAUUAACAAAAUUUUAUUAGCCAUCAAUGCUUCCCAGGCUGCACAGAAACAUUUGGGGGCCCAGGGCAAACAUUUAUAACUUUUUACCCCUCAAGAUUUGUAUCGUAUAGUACAAAAGUAUUUUAGGAAUGGCAAAAUACUGCAUUAUGGGAGACUAUGUGGCAGUUAUGUCUAUGCAUAUUUCACUUUAUUUUUAUUUGUGCACCCUUUAGGUUAUGUGAACCUGGGGCAAAUUGCCUGUUUUACCCCUCUAGGUACUCGAUUGCAAGAUUUAUAUGUUUGGCCACAAUGAUAUAUAUGUUUUUAUUUUACCCCACCCCCUCCCUCUAGAUGCUCCUGGCAUGUUGGCAAGUUCUGAAUAUAAAAUUGGUUCUCAACACAUUAACCUCGAGGCCCUUGACAAGGAAAUUCGUCUCACAUUAGACAGAGUAAAAUAAUAAAAGGGAACAUUGAGGUACUGAAUGCAACUGAAAUCGGGUUAAACAUCACUAAUUUUACAAUACUUUUUACAAAACCAAUGUCGAACAUGCAGUGGAUUCUCAUAGAUCUUAAUAAAACUCUUCCACGGUACUGUAUAUCUAUAAUAACAUGAACUAUAAGCACUGUAAUAUGUGUUGCUUUUAAAAUGUAAAUAUGUUUGCUAGUAAACAGAUCAGUCAAUGGUUUUAUAGAAAAAAAUGUUAAAAAUAUUUUGCUAGAAAGUAGUAUUUUGCUAGAAAGUAGAACUUAGCUAGAACACGUACCCACCAGUCUUUGCUGUAUACUGAUAGCGAGUGCAGGAAAGCUGAUGUGCAUGUAUUUGUAACAAGAAUGUUUCAAUUUCCAACUGCUUUUCUUAAUGAUAAUCACAUCUUGCUAAUCAGAAGGUUGAGGUAGAAAUUGGGAGGGAAAUGCAGAAAUCAUGAUUCUCAUGAUCUGAUGAUUUAAUUAAACAGAAUUAAUUUACAAAGUUGGGGUAACUCAUGGGGUACAUUACAUGGCCGGACAAUUAAUAGGUUAAUAUGACAUGGGGAACUUGGUUCUCCCAUAAACUGACCCAACACUUUCUCUUGCCAAGUAAAAUUAUGUGGCAUUAGAGGGAGACUAAAAUCAAGUAAGGCACAGUUUGCAACUAUUUUACACACUGGCAAUGUGCCCAACUCUAUUAUUUUAACAAUUUAAUCUGUCUAAGGCUUUAAACCCCCAGUUGGUAUAUUUUAAAGGAUUUAAAUGUUUAAUAAACAUAGGAUUUCCUUCUCUCUUUUUCAUCUCCAAGUUAUCAAAUAUUUUAACCAUAAGCUGAUCUUGGAUACUGUAUAUGCAGUAUCAACAACCUAAUAAAGGCAAAAUUAAUAUAAUUCUUGAUCCAAUUGAAUCUAUAUAUUCAUGCCCAAAUUUCUUUUCACCAGUAAAAUAGUUUGGCAUUCCUUAAAUUAACUGAAAUGUGUAGAUCAAUAUAUUGUCACAAUUGCUUCCUUGUGGUUUCCAGUUAAAACUUAAAACCCCCAACAAUUUAAACCUAAAUCCCCCAGCAAUUUAAAUGUCUCUCUUCUACCAAUUACACAUUCAAAGCUGCAAUGUAUGCAGCAUAAUGUACCUGACUUGAUUAUUAUACUAGCCCCAAGGGAAGAGUCUUGUACACUGUUGGUUAAUAAAAUGUAAUGCAAUUAUAGUAUUAACUGAGAAACAGUUUACUUCCAAGAUAGACUUCUAAGACUUGGCAGACAAUCUAGGAGGGGUGAACAGAUGGGUAAGCUGUUGAAAUACAUAGCUACUAUCUAGAAGAAUAUUGAAUUACAUAGGUGUACGGGACGGGGGGCAGCUGCCCCCCCCCAAAGAUUACAAAGCCGAAAAGUCGGGCAAAUGUUCAACAUAAGUCUGGCGAAGAGUGGGAAAUUAAAAAGAAAAAAAGUACAGUAGUCAAAGCAAUAAAAUCUCUCUUAAUAAUAACCCCAGUUUGUUGGGAAACAAAGCCUGUUGGGCAAUAUUUGCUUCACAGUCGGGCAAUAUUGGGUUAUUAUUAAUUAAGCAAAUGUGAAUGCAAUGUACCGUACGUCAAAAAUAUAUACAAUAGGCUGUUUCUCAGACUGUGUCUCUUGAUGAUAUUUUUGUAUUUGUGCCACUAGUAGAGUAAUGUUGUGCUUUAAAGUGCAUUUCGUUCAUCAUUAUUCAAUACAGGAUACAUGGAUAAUUUCUGAAAUUAUUAAAACAGGUUUAACUGGUUAUGAUUCGGAAUUGGUUUACCGGUUUUUAUUUUAAUGUUUUUAGAUUCAAUAUUACAGUAACUUAGUGGCAAUAAAAGUAUAUCAAAAUACGCUUCUAUCAACUUAAAUUCGCACCCAAAAUAAUUUACAAUUAGCAAUGCUUAGAGAGAGUAAAAUUAAAUUGUUUACUUUUACAUGUUGUUUUCAGGAAUAUAGCUACAUUACCUUCACUUAAAUGACUAAUCAGUACAGUAAAGUUUUUGUAAAUAUUACAGCAACAGUAGCUAAACCGGGACAAAAAAACUUAUUGUAUAAAGUUCUAAAAUGAAACAAUUGUUUUAGAAUAUUUGGCCAUAAGCCAUGUUAUUUAGUGUUGAAAAACCGCAGACUCACAUUUUUUGUGCUUAGGUCUUAGAGCUAAGCAAUGAACUAAAAUGAUCUUUAUAUGCAUGCACUUAUCACUUUUUUUAUAAACACUUGUUCAUAUUUGCAUGCAUUUCAUUCUACAGUAUAAAGAGUAUUUAGAGAGUCUUAGGAUUUUGUAUCAGAUUAAUGCCCAGACAAUUUUAUUCCUUUCAAGCAAGCAAUUAUGACAUUUUAAAGUAGCUUUGGAAGGCUUAUUCAGAGGAUUGGGACAUUGUGGCAUUCUCACCUUGCAAGAUAUUGAUAUAUACAGUAUUAACAGUAUUCAUUAAAAUGAAUUUCAUUGGAGUGGCGGAUUAGCACCCCAUCAGUGGGGCCUUGAUAAAUGUCUAAAAUUAUAUAUGUACCCCCCACAAACAUAUGCAAUUGAUGUAAUUUUAUUUGAAUGUCUGAGUAUGAAGAAAAUACAUAGCACUAAUUUACAUAUGGAUAUGACCGUAUGCUUUACAUCAAGUAUUACACUUACCUAUAAUUACAUACAGUCUUAGCCUUAAGACUAUUUUACUCUGUAUUUUUACAACAAUUGUGAUAUUAAUUUCUUAUCUAUGUUUGUCCUAACUCACCCUGUAAACUUUCCCUGUGGUUGGAAACCAGAAACCCGGAGAAAACCCACAACUUUCGGGAGAGAGUUAACUGACUCUUUUCACAUGAGUCUGUAGCGAGAGUUGAAUAACCCACAUUUUACUCUACAAGUUUUUAUCUGAAUUAUCUAGUUGUAAUUUCUAACUAAAUUUCAAGAGGCCCUCAGGAAUUGUAGAGAACCAAUGGGCCAUUAUCCGGCCAUAUUGCCCAGUAGCCUGGUGGUCUAAUCUGCCUCUGUUUCAUUAGUUAAUUCACUGAAUAUUAUUUGGUAUAAUUUGGUUGAAAAUAUCUUGGUCAAUAAAUUGGCAAGAAAUAUAGUGCAUCCAAGCAACUGUGAAUGGGAUGCAUUUUUUAGGACACUAUGCAUAUCAUACUGUACAAUCAUAUGUUUGUAAUAUGUCAGAAUGGAUUAAAAUAUGAAGUGAAGUACGUGAAAGCAAGUUGGGCAUCUUCAAACACACUCAAUAUCCAAUAAAUUGUAUGAUAUUAUUUACUCUGUCUAAUGCCAGACAGUAACACUUGUUGAAAUUGUCAAGGGGAGAGCGCUGGCCUCAUACGUACCUAUUAUGGGUUAAGUCACAGUGAGCCUAAUGUGUGCCUUGUGGUAUUUUAUUUGACUGUCUAACACGAAAUGAUUUACUUAUCAAAGGAAAAUGUAUGAGGAUGUAUAUAAUAAAUUGCAAUUAUUUUUUGUAUUUUAGGUACAUGUUUUGGUCAGAUUGGGGGGAGAAACCCAGAAUUGUCCGUGCCUCAAUGGAUGGCACAGGUCGAAGAAAUGUCAUUACCACUGAUGUCAAAUGGCCAAAUGGUUUAGCCGUUGAUUACAAGGACCCUAGGUUAUUUUGGCUUGAUGCUCAUAAGGACUAUAGUCGUCUUGAAAGCUCAAAUCUUGAUGGGAAAAAUCGAAAGAAAUUAAUCAGCAGCUCUUUGCCACACCCUUUUUCAAUUACUAUAUAUGGUGAUCGAGUCUUUUGGACGGACUGGGAGAGAUUGUCUAUUGAAUCAUGCAACAAGAAGACUGGGCAUGAAAAAUGGCUUGUGAAGGAUAAAAUAAAAGAUUUAAUGGAUCUUCAAGCUUUUGAAUCUGAAAGGCAACCAGAUGGUAUGUAAUUGUUGCAUAAUUAAGAGCAACUUUAAUAUAAAGUACCGGCAUGCGUUAUUAUUUUAAAAGCCAGGUAUUGAAAUUCAUCCUCAGAAUUCAAUUAAUGGUUUUCAGGGCAUUUUUUAAGAAUUUGUCAGUGGGGCAUCUACAGGAAGGGACCAUACUAUACCGAGUGUGGAGAAAUGAUAGAUGGUUUGUUGGUAACAAAAAGUUUUGGAAAAUGGGAGGCCUUAGGAUGACUCCUGUGUUUAUGUAGACACCACAACUUGGUCACUCAGGGAACCAGCUUGAUAAACUUAGAGAAGCUCCACCAUGGUUGGCACUGAGCCGGAAAAUUUUGCGUCUCUAAAUCGUCGGAAAAUUGGCAUUUUCAAAAUCUUCUCUUAGACCUCUUGUUAGGCCCUUAAAUCACUUCGUUCAUUAUGAUUUGUGAGUCUAUAGUAUCCGCGAGUCAGGAUGGAUUAUUACGAGAAAUGUUGUUAUCAAAGUAUUGUUUACAGAUAUUUGAUUAUAUAUAUACGAUUUCAAAUACUUCUAGUUUUGAAAUCAAUUGGGUUUUUUGUUGGGGGGCCAAAAAAAAACUGGGUUGGAGCCUGUUGCCCCGUGCGGUCACUAACUUGUUUAGCUGAGCCUUCCAACAACUCAAAUCUAUAGGGUCUAGCAAAUGCAAUCCACUGGAAAAUGUUUAAAAUCUAAUAAGGUAUUUACAACACAAUGUUUAGCAUUAAAAAUAAAAGACAGGACAUAAGAUUCCACAAAGCCAAUUUCAGUUACUAGAAUAUCAAACCUCCCUUCUAAAUUCCAUGUUUUGCUUAUAUUUUAGAGAAAAGGGACUUUGACUGGGGGGACCAAAAUGGUUGAGUGGGGGCUUAUAUAGUUAAAAAAUGCCCUGAUGGUUUUAUUAUGCAAGCAAGGACCAGAAAGAACAGUGACAUCAACAGAUCAAUUUGCAUGCAACACAAGCAGCGUUAAUGCGCACGCCGCAUGCGUUAUCAAGCUGUGUAUAUCAUGAGGGCGUGACAAUGCUAGGAAGGAGCAACACAGUGUUGUUUUCAAAUGUAAAAACAUUUCAGAUGUGAAUAUUGAGUAAAUCUUUGAGAUUCUACCCAAUAUAUAAAUUGAUGUUAUGCAUUACGGGCAUUCAAUCAAGUGCCGAUAUUAUUUUGACGGUAUAUUCAUUAUACAGUACAGAGCUAGGAAGGAGCUAGACAGUGUUGUUUUCAAAUGUAUAAACAUUUCAUAUGUACAGUAAAUAUUGAGAAAAUCUUUGAGAUUCUAUGCAAUAAUAUAAAUUGAUGUAUGUAAUGCAUUACCGGCAUAAUCAGUUAAGUACCGAUAUCAUUUAGGAGGUACACACAGUAUAUUCAUUAUACAGCGACUGUGUAAGGUGUUACACCACAUAAUAAAUGGCUACACUCAGACACUCAGUACACUGAAACCACAGGAGCCUGUGAUAGUCUGUGCUGAAUUGCUGAAACCACACAUAUGGCAUGUGCCUGUUUGGCUUUCUAAAUAUAGAAAUGAUUGUAGGAUUCAGAGGACAUGAUGGAAAAGAUGGAGUACGGAGUCUGUCAAAACAUAGUUUAUUCUUCCUAAAGAUUCAAUUUCAAUUAAUGAGACUCCGCGUUUUCUCUUUAUGGGGGCAUUAAGUCGAAAACGCGGAGUCUGUCAAAAAAUUGUUAUUUUGUCCAAAGAUUCGAUUUUAAUGAGACUCCGUGUUUAAUCCACUUUUAUGCCCCCAUACACUCACAAUACAGUAUCUUUCUCAAUUUGAAACUUUGCACUAUCAUUGGAUCUCUAGUUAAAAUAUAAUUAAUACUAAAAUGUAUGUACAGUGCAACAUACAUUGUAAAAUCAUGUAAUACUAAUUUGUUUAUACUAUAGUAAAAAACUCUUGUGCUAUUGGUAAUGGUGGAUGUAGCGACUUGUGUUUGUUGGCUGCUGGUGGUAAUCAUACCUGUGCAUGUCCAACUGGUAUUGUUCUCUUGGAUGAUAGUAAAACCUGUGAAGAUGGUAAGCCAUACAGAAGCUGAAUACUGUAUAUUUUCCUUGUAAUUUUUGUACUGUAAUAAUGUAUGACAUGUAAAUUGGAGAGAGAUGUUUGUAAUUUUGUAUCAGGAUUUGGGGCAUCUACACUCGAUAUAACUAAUUGUAGAAGGGUUUUUCCAACAACCGAUACUUACAGGUAAUCUAAUUUCCGAAUAAAUGCUUUAUUUAUUAUCCAAAAAAUGUCUGGAGAAUUUAUCACAAAAUGUUUAUUUGGUCAGUGCGAACAUGUAUGGCAUUAAAUUCAAGGUGUUUUACUUGCAGUACAAUAUAAUUAGAGAGUGGCUACUGUAUUAGAUAAUAUAUAUACUGUAUGCAUGGUAUUAAAGUUAAGGUUGCUUCGUGUAUAUAGAAAUUCACUCAAUAAUAAUUAAUGAAGAACCUUUUGUUUUUCAGGUCCACAAAAUUUUGUGUUAGUCGCAAGAAGAACUGAAUUAAGAUUGAUCUCACUAGAUACAUUAGAUCACACAGCAAUUGUAUUACCUAUACGUGAUAUGAGGCAUGUUGUUGUGAUUGAAUAUGAUCCUGUUGAGAGGUUUGUCUACUGGACAGAUCAAGAUCUACAUCUCAUCAAGAGAGCUAAACUUGAUGGAUCAGGUAUGCAAAUCAUUUCACUUGAUCAAUGCAAUGCAUGCUUCUUUAUGAACUACUACUGUACCUGCAGCUGAUGGGGUUUUGUUUGAGAUCAUCAACUGUAGCACACGAACAACAAACUUGUCAAAGGAAACUUGUAAAGGAAAACUUGUUGACCAUACACACGAGAAAGUAAACAUGGCAAGGAAACUUGUCAAAGAAAACAAGUUGACCGUGCACACAAGAAAGUAAAGUUGUCAAGGAAACUUGACAAGCUUAAUUGCUUGUUUGUACUGAGUUUAGCAUUUAACGUCCUGGGUGGACUCUUUAUCUGUUAAAGUAUAAAAUUUAAUGCAUGGUUAUAUUGUAUAUACAGAAGAACAAAUUGUAGUUCAAGCUGAAGUGAAGUAUCCAGAGGGAAUUGCAGUGGACUGGAUUGGUCGAAAUCUCUACUGGAGUGACACUGGUACUGACAGAAUUGAAGUGAGUCGUUUAAAUGGUACUUCAAGACGAGUGUUAGUGUCAGAGAACCUGGACGAACCUCGAGCCAUUGCCGUGGAUCCUGGGGAGGGGUAA